UCCAAUUAAUUAAAAGUCAAAACCCUUGUAGAACCCCUCCCUCUGAACGCGGCGGUUAACCUCAACAUUUUCUUUUGUUUCUUUCCGACAACUAACCAACAUGCGCCACCUGCUUACCGCCGUCCGCCGCCCCCUUCUCCGCCACCGGGCCAUCUUGCAAAGCGCUAAUUACAAGCCCCAGAAACCCCAGCCGCCUCCAUCCCCGCCGUCGCCACCCAAACCCCCGAAGAAGCCGGUGAGUUUCUGCCUGCACGGAGAAUCGUGGGAGGAUGAGUACAACUGGAUGUCGCAGUUGAACGACCGGGUGGCGAUGCGGCACAUGGACGUGUACAUGGAGCAGGAGGAGAAGUACACUGAGGCUGUCAUGUACGACACGGAGCGCCUCCAGUCCAAGCUCCAAGCGGAGAUGGCUCCUCGCCUUGCCGCCGAACUCUCCAGCCCUCCACUGCGUUGGGGACCUUGGUUGUACUAUAGGCGAGUUGAAGAAGGAAAGCAAUAUCCAGUGUUAUGUAGGAGAUUGGCAAGCUUAAAUGAAGAGUUUAUUUCUAAUAAAUCUCCAUCAGCUGGUUUUGAUUUCACAUCUGGAAAGAAAAUUGAGCAAAAGCUGCUCGAUUACAAUCUAGAAGCUGAAAGAUUUGGAGGUUAUGCCUAUGAGGAACUAUCAGAAGUGUCCCCUGAUCACUGUUAUCUCGCAUACACUAUGUACGACAAGGAUAAUGAUUACUUCAAAUUAUCUGUUCGAGACUUGAAUUUUGGAUCACUUUGCAGCAAGCCCCAAGCUGACCGGGUUUCCAGUAUAGCUUGGGCUAAAGAUGGGCAAGCUUUACUUUAUGUAGUCACAGAUGACAAAAAGAGACCCUUUAGGUUAUAUUGUAGCAUGCUUGGAUCAAAUGAUGAUGAUGUCUUGCUUUUAGAAGAACCUCAAGAAAAUGUUCAUCUGGGUAUAAGGCAUACUAAGGACUUUAGGUAUUUGACUGUAAAUGCAUUCUCAACCCAAUCAUCCAAGGUCUUUCUAAUAAAUGCAGCUGAUCCCUUAUCUGGAAUGGCACUUGUAUGGGAAUGUGAGGCAAAUGCACAUUGCAUUAUUGAGCAUCACCAAGAAUAUCUCUACCUCUUUACAGAUGCCGCUGCGCAGGGCCAAACUGUUGAUCACCAUUACCUCUUACGUAGUCCUGUCGCUUUGUCAUGCAGCCCAAGAGAUUGGGAGAAUGUUUUUGCCAAUGACCAAGAGCUGAUUAUUGAAGACGUUGAUUUCUGUGAUUCGCAUGUGCUGCUAAUUGUAAGGGAAGGACGAAAAUAUAGGCUAUAUUCUAUUUGUUUACCUCUAAGUAACAGCAAGGUAGGAGUUCAUCUCAAAGAGUUCAAUCCACAGAAUUUGCCUCUCCCGGAUCAUGUAUCCCAAAUAUUGCCAGGACCAAAUUAUGACUUCUAUUCUUCAAUCAUGCGCUUUGCAAUAACAUCACCUGUGAUGCCCGAUGCAGUAGUUGACUAUGAUCUAGUAAAUGGAAAAUGGACAAUUGUUCAACAACAAAACUUGCUUUAUGAAAGAACUCGAGUUUUGUAUGGAUCAGCAUCUUCUAUGAGCAGUAGUCAGAAGUCAUCUAUGUCCAUAAACUUCUGUGGCAAUAAUGCUGGAGAUGAUAGACCAUGGAAUGAUCUCACCGAGUAUUAUGCCUGUGAAGAAUAUGAUGUCCCUUCAUAUGAUGGUGUUUUGGUUCCUCUGACCAUAUUAUAUUCGCGCCACCAGAAGAAAAAUGGUGGAAGUCCUGGAUUACUUCAUGGGCAUGGAGCUUAUGGUGAGCCACUGGAUAAAAGGUGGCGAAAUGAGCUAAAAAGCCUUCUUGAUCGUGGUUGGGUUAUUGCAUAUGCUGAUGUUAGAGGUGGAGGUGGAGGAGGUAGAAAAUGGCAUCAUGAUGGCAGGCGAACAAACAAACUCAAUUCUGUUAAAGAUUAUAUAUCUUGUGCUAAGUUUCUGAUUGAAAGAGAGGUUGUGCAAGAUACGAAACUGGCUGGCUGGGGAUACAGUGCUGGAGGAUUGUUGGUUGCUUCAGCUAUUAACUUUUGUCCAGAUAUAUUUCGAGCUGCUGUUCUGAAGGUUCCGUUUUUAGAUCCAACACACACCCUUCUUAUGCCUAUUUUACCGUUGACACCUAAUGACUACGAGGAGUUUGGAUACCCUGGAGACAUCGAAGAUUUUCGGGCUAUACGUGAAUAUUCUCCCUAUGAUAAUAUCCGAAAAGAUGUGCUAUACCCUGCCAUUCUGGUGACAUCAUCUUUUAAUACCAGGUUUGGGGUCUGGGAAGCAGCAAAAUGGGUUGCACGAGUGAGGGAAUAUUCUGCUUAUGAUCCUAGCCGCCCUGUACUUCUUAAUUUAACAACUGAUGUAGUUGAGGACAAUAGGUAUUUGCAAUGCAAGGAGGCAGCCAUGGAAACUGCUUUUCUCAUGAAGACUGUGGAACCUUAGUGAUGAUCAUGGUGAAUCAACUAUAUGGCUUCAUCCCUCACCAAUCGAUCCCAGCAAUUUAAAGGCAGAUUAGCUUAUUUCCUGAACUACAUUUACCAGACCAAACUUUUUCUUCUUGAGUGGUAAUCUGACCUUAUCAACUUCAUUGCAUGCGCCAUUCGUUGGGGAAUGGGAAGACCUUUUAUGAAUCGUGGAAGGGCUUUUUGGCGCAUGGCUAGGUUAGGUGGAGCUCUCUUUUCAUUAAGUUGAUCAAAGUUCAUUCUCUUUUCUGCAUAAGAGUAGCCAGGCCUAUUGUUUUUAUUCCAUAAAGCACUAAAAGUUUGUUCUUUUUGUACAUAUAACCAGCUAUGCUCAUUGACCAAAAUGUUUAAAGUUUAUGGCAAUCAUGUUCAUUCACUUUACAA